AUGCUGCAAAAUCAGAGUCUCUCGCCGACGCUCAGCCCAACAGCGCCAGUUAUGGUCGCGCUGUCGACGUCCUUAGUUGUGCGACCAACAAUAGCAGCGCUGCCAGCGCUCUGCCCACCCGACUGGUCAUACAGCAACACCUACGACUGCAUUAACAGCACCAUGGACAAUGGCAUUGUUAUGGGAGGUACAAGUGCGAGUUUCACCGGACUGCCAGGCCAAGAUGGGGCUGCGUUUGGUGGUGAUGGCAAUUUCACUUUUCCCCCUGACAAUCUGUUGGAUUUCGAAAUUGACCCAUUAGAGCGCGUUGUGUCGACAAUUGUGCCUGUAUUUUUCGGCAUCAUCGGACUUGCUGGCCUGCUAGGCAAUGCACUCGUGAUUUUGGUGGUCGUCGCCAAUCAACAGAUGCGCUCCACAACUAACCUGCUUAUCAUCAAUUUGGCCAUUUCGGAUAUACUCUUCGUCAUCUUCUGUGUGCCCUUCACCGCCACCGAUUACGUGCUGCCCGAGUGGCCAUUCGGCAAUUUGUGGUGCAAAUUCGUGCAGUAUAUGAUUGUGGUCACCUGUCAUGGCAGCGUCUACACGCUGGUGCUGAUGUCACUCGAUCGGUUUUUGGCUGUCGUGCAUCCGGUGACGAGUAUGUCCUUGCGCACCGAGCGCAAUGCAAUGCUUGCAAUAAUCUUUGCCUGGGUAUUGAUAGUGACGACGGCUAUACCGGUGGCGUUAUCGCACUCAGUUCAACUCUACUAUUUCAAAGGGCGGAACUACACAGCCUGCGUCUUCUCCUCGCAUGAAGAAGUCUGGAAUCUCGUUGCAUUUCAGGUGUCCUUCUGUGCAUCGUCCUACGUCACACCAUUGACGCUGAUCUUUUUUCUGUAUAUGUGCAUGUUGGCACGCCUAUGGAAGAGCGCGCCUGGCUGUAAACCGUCAGCGGAAUCGAGGAAGGGCAAACGGCGUGUAACUCGUAUGGUCGUUGUGGUUGUGCUUGCGUUUGCAAUAUGCUGGCUGCCUAUACAUGUUAUACUCGUUCUAAAGGCAUUGGAUAUGUAUGCAUCUACGCACCUAACGGUUAUAAUUCAAAUCAUCUCGCACGUACUGGCGUACACGAACUCUUGCAUUAAUCCGUUUCUGUAUGCUUUCCUGUCGGAGAAUUUUCGCAAAGCAUUCCGGAAGGUCGUUUGGUGUGGUACUCCGCCGCCGCUAAUCAACAACCAGCAGAUCACCAAAACGACGCGCACAACCAACUGCAAUGGCACCUCUAAUGUGGAAAUGUUAUAA